AGCAUAUUGAAACUGAAGUAUCUACAAUAGUGGAUUUCUUUGACUUGCAACAUUUCAGAUCACAAGUCACAUUACAAUAUCGCAACAGACAUCGGAGAUUCUCACUCAACCAUGUCUUUUUCCAAUCUUGUCUCAGAUCUCGCCUUUCGAGAUGUGCAUGACGACCGAAGUUCCCAAAUAUCCCAUGCCCGAUCCCAGGCCACUGCUCGCUCCUAUACCAGUACAGCCGCCACCAGUGUCAGCAUAUCUGGUGAUAUCUCCAGCCAGCUUCACUCAGGUUAUAGCCAUCCUUUAAGCAGAUCAUGGCAAGCCGAAAAGCAACUUACCAAGGAAAUGCUUAUGUAUCCACUCUUCAUUACGGACAAUCCGGAUGAGGAGACGCCAAUUCCGUCACUCCCUAAUCAAUGCCGUCGAGGAUUGAACCGUCUAGUGCCGUUCUUGAGGCCUCUCGUCCACAAAGGAUUGCGAUCUGUAAUCCUUUUUGGGGUUCCAUUGCACCCGUCCGCGAAGGAUGCUCUAGGGACUGCCGCGGACGAUCCGAACGGGCCAGUAGUUCAGGCUAUCCGCGUCCUUAGAUCGCGUUUCCCCCAGCUUUAUAUCGUUACUGAUGUAUGCCUUUGCGAAUAUACAUCUCAUGGUCACUGUGGGAUUCUUCGUGAAGAUGGCACGUUAGAUAAUGCGCAGUCCGUUGAUCGAAUCUCCGAUGUCGCUCUGGCCUACGCUGCAGCUGGCGCUCACUGCGUUGCUCCAUCGGACAUGAAUGAUGGACGAGUACGCGCCAUAAAACUCAAGCUGAUUGAGGCUGGUAUGGCUCAUCGGGUCCUCCUCAUGUCCUACAGCGCGAAGUUUAGUGGAUGCUUGUAUGGUCCUUUCCGCGAUGCAGCAGGCUCAUGCCCCUCUUUCGGUGAUCGAAGGUGUUAUCAGCUGCCUCCUGGAGGUAGGGGACUUGCUCGGCGAGCGAUACAGAGGGAUAUUAGCGAGGGCGCUGACAUCAUCAUGGUAAAGCCCGCAAGCAGUUACUUGGACAUUAUUAGAGACGCGAAAGAGCUUGCACAGGACAUGCCCAUCGCAGCAUAUCAAGUUAGUGGCGAAUAUGCCAUGAUACAUGCAGGGGCAAAAGCUGGUGUUUUCGAUCUGAAAUCUAUGGCUUUUGAGAGUACAGAAGGCAUUUUGAGAGCCGGUGCAGGAAUUGUUGUGAGCUACUUUGUCCCUGAGUUUCUGGAUUGGCUAUGAUAAUCCUUUGGGGCCAUGUGUGAUCGCUGUAUAGCAUAGACAGGAGAUCUGCGAUACCUUCCACCUCAUUUACUACUCCCUAUUUGAGGUGCUUGCUGCCCUGCAGGUUGAUUUCCGGAAGCUUAGCUUUGAUUCAAGCCUAUGCCAAUUGGUUCUCUUGAUGAAGGAAGCGUUGCACGGGUGUUGAUGUUUGCUCAAUGUGCACCGAACCGAACCCCAACAGAUCAUAUUAACCAGAUAAGCAGGACAUGUUGUUUUUUUAGGAGCAGGAACUAAUGCACUUAGCUUAAAUAUAGAGCGGUCUUCAACGUGGGCAAAGCGCGGGUACUCAGUAUACUGUGUAGGCUUCAUUCCUCUUGACUAGCAUGAUAGAUAUUUCAAUGAAACUCAG